GCCAUUUCCAUCCGUUGUGAUGUUCUUUCCUUCUUUUUCUCUGUUUUUCUUAAUGUACAGGGAACAUAUAGCACCCAGAUCUUCUCAUUGGCUGUCCUUUUGUCUAGCAUGUUUAUUUAUAACCAGAUGGGUGGUAUCGAUGAGGCUGCUCUUGAUGGACUUUCUCUUGUCACUCAGAUGACAAAGCACAUUCGUGUUAGAGCAUCUGGAGGGAGGAGUUCGGUGUCUGAACUGGGUCAAUUUUCCCCUAUUUUUGUCUGGCUUCUUAGAGACUUUUAUUUGGACCUAGUAGAAGAUAACAGAAAAAUAACACCCCCUGACUAUCUGGAAAUUGCUUUGAGGCCUGUCCAAGGGAGUGGAAGAGAUAUAACUGCCAAGAAUGAGGCAUCUUUCUACUUCCUUUUUUUUUAUUAAUUUUCUUCAGGAAUUAUUAAUGACUUACAAGGCUUACCUGUCUGAACAUGAUCCUUAAAUAAAUUGGAAAUACUUGGCUUGGUAUGAAAUGAAAUUAGUAGAGACAUGCAAAGGAUGAAUAAUUUUAUUGAAUGCUUAAGAAUAGAAGAAAUAUUUUUCUCCUUCACAAAGGGUUUCUGCUUUCUUACGAACUUUCUGAUUAUCUGAAUGAAAUGAAUCUAUCAGUUCAAGAUUUAGUUUUGAUGAAUUACUAGAGCAAAAAAUGCACUCAGCAGGACAUAUGCUUUAUAUACAUUUCAGAAAUAAUUUCAUUUAUGUAGAGUAAAUGUAUGGUUAGUGGAAUCUUAUGAGGACAAUAUAAGCAAUAUUCAUGAAUCUCAAUAUUCAUGAAUCUAGACUUUAGUGCAGCAAUUCCCAAUGGAUAA